AUGACUUUCCCAUCUCCACCAGUGUUAAAGACGACUAUUAUACAGUUGAAUAAAGAACUAGAUUCUGAUGGUCAAAACAACAGUAAUUAUGAAAUCUUGACAAACAACUAUGGCAAUUCUGUGUUGGACAAGAGCCCAAUUGGUGCUAGUGAUGAAUCAGUGCCCACAUCACCAAACUUGGAAGCCUUAGGCCCCAAUAAGAAAAAAAGAAGAAGAUCAACUGCAAAUAUUGAUUCUGAAGAAUUAGCAAAACGGAAGCAUGAGACUAAGCAACUACAUUCAAUUAUUGAGAAAAGAAGAAGGAUCAAGAUCAAUCGUGAAUUUGAAGCUUUAAAGUAUUUGAUUCCUGCGUGUAGGAACUGCAAUGGUGCUUCACCCAGCCAAGAGGCAAGUUCUACACCAAAGAAGUCAACAAAUACGGGAAAUGGUAAUAAUGGUAACAAGAUCGAUGGAAUGUACAAGUUGACCAUAUUAAAAAGUUCAGUUGAAUACAUUUUGUACUUACAUCACAUCAUUCGAAAGCAGCAGGAGCUUAUAAUGAAAGACUCAAGUAUAAACUCGGCAGCUGCAAAACAAUUUAAUAUCGACUUUGCUAAAAUCCCACUUGAUGUUAAUCAGUAUAGAAAUAUCGAUGUUGAUUUUAACUUUAAAGCUUUAUUGAAUGAAAUUGAUGGUAUGGAAGAACAAACACAGGAACGUCAAGUGGAGCCUGUUGAAUCUAGACUGAGCAGAUCUAGUUGGAUACCAGAUCACAACAAAAUCAUCGAGGAAGAGGAAGAAGAAGUGAAUAACUCAAGACAAAGUAGUGAUGGUGAUGAUAAUAUCAAUAGUCGAUCCUCGAGUGUUGCACCUUCACUUCCAUCAAUACCUUCCCAAACCUCCAUAUCAUCCUCACACAAUCCGCUGCUUCCAACACCUGACUUCACUCCCGAUAUGGCACCAAUUUUCACAAUCCUCAACAAAUACUCAGACAACAAUUUGAAUAAAAGGAAUAGGAAAGCAUCAUAUCCAAUUUCUCCUCAAACAUUUGCGGUAAGAUCAGCUAAUCCUUCUCCUUUCACCAAUCCAUUGAAGUCCACUUUAUCAACUUCAGUUUCUCCAAGUUUGCGCAACUAUAUAAACAGGGGCAACUCCAAUAAUGCUGCAAAUGGAAAUGUUUUUGCUCUACCUGAUCCUGCUAUUACUCCAUCAAACUCAAUGCCAAGAAAUCGAUUGAAUAAGGAAGUAUUGACUGCUGGAGAAUCAGGUACUCAACAUGUAUCGGCAAGAGAAGAUAAGGACGAUGUGAUGGAAGAAGAAGAAGAAGAAGAUCAGCUUAAUGAUCAAUGUGCUUCAAAAACUCUAUUGGCUUUGAGGAAAUCCAGUAUUGGAAACUUGUUAAAUUAG